CCAUCUGGAGUGAAGUAAAACACCAACGAAGAAGAGGAGAAGCAGUGUAGUCGUAUUUGAACUGCACUGAUGGAAACGCGGUUUCUGAGAAAGUGGCUGUAGUUUUGAAGAAUAAUCGCAAGAAAAGCAGGAUCCAGGUGGACUGUACAGAAGUAGAAAGAAACAUCGGGGUCCUUAAUGGCUAAUCCAACGUUACAGCAGCCCAGUUUCCUGCUGGCCAACCUGAAAGCCGAUGCUACCACCAAACCUCUCCUGCAGCGAUGCCAGGAUCUGGUGAAGAUCAUAGAUGAGUAUCCUGCAAAGGAGCUGCACCUGAUCUUUCCUUGGCUGGUGGAGAGUGUGUUUGGCAGCCUGGAUGGUGUCAUCGCUGGCUGGAACCUGCGAUUCCUUCAUUCACGGAGCAACGAGUACAACAUUGUUAUGGACUUCCUAAAUCCCAGUGGUCCAAUGAUGAAACUUGUGUAUAAACUUCAGGCGGAAGAGUACAAAUAUGAAAUACCAAUCAAUUAUCUCCCGGGUCCUGUGAAAGCCUGCAUCCAGGAGGGAGUUCUCCCAGACUGCCCGCUGUUCCACAACAAGCUGCAGUUCCCUCUCUCUGGUCUCCUGACGCUGAACAUCGCUUUCAACCCAUUUGAAUUCUUCAUGUUCAAUUUUGCCUACUGUCUCAUCACACCAAAGAACUACCCUCCAGGCCAGUACGGGAGCUCCACAGACAGCGCCUACUUUGUGCUGGUGGACACUUACCUGAAGUACUUCCUCCCCACUGAAGGAAGCGUUCCUCCUUCCCCUUUCUCCGACUCCAGAGGCUCUGUUUCUGCUCCUUCACCGAGAUCGUCCAGUGUUUCUUUUGCCAGUUACGGCAUCCAUAGCCCCAGUCUCCUGAAGCAUCACAUAUUCCAUCAGCCCUCAGUGAACGCUGACCCUGCAGCCCAGGAAAUCUGGAGGUCUGAAACCCUGUUACAGAUGUUUGUGGAGAUCUGGCUCCAUCACUACUCCUUGGAAAUGUAUCAGAAGCUGCAGUCUCCUCAGGUAAAGCUGGCGCUGCUGCAGUACCGCCUCAGUAUGUCCAGCAUGCCGUGCCAACCUCACGCCCCACCAGGCUCUGGGACCCUCCACACCUACCAAGAGCCCUUCAGCCCCACGGAGGAGCACGUGCUGGUGGUGCGUCUCCUGGUGAAACACCUACACGCCUUCUCCAACAGCCUGAAGCCUGAGCAGCUGUCGUCCUCGCCCUCCGCCCACUCGCACACCCACACCAGCCCACUGGAAGAGUUUAAGAGAGUGGUGGUGCAGCGCUUUGUGCAGCAGAAGCUGUACCUGUUCCUGCAGCACUGCUUCGGUCACUGGCCUCUGGACGCGUCUUUCAGAGCGGUGUUGGAGACGUGGCUGAGCUACAUCCAGCCCUGGAGAUACACCGGGGAGAAGGCCAACCCUCAGCCCGACCAAAACAGAACAGUGCCUGAAAAAUGGGAGUCCUUUGUUCAUGAGAACCUGCUCAUGUACACCAAGCUCUUCCAGGUGUUUUUGAACCGAGCGGUCAGGACCGAUCUGGUGAAUGCCAAAAAUGCGCUGAUGGUCUUCAGGGUGGCCAAAGUCUUCGCUCAGCCUAACUUGGCAGAAAUGAUCCAGAAAGGUGAGCAGUUGUUCCUGGAGCCCGAGCACGUCCUCCACCACCGGCAGCCCCGCGGCUACCUAACGCCAGGACAAGGAGGCAGCUACCUGUCAUCACGGCAGCGGGUGGUGACAGACAUGGUGUUCAAGGUGAAGAGCCACGUCUACGGUUUGGAAGGACAGGACUGUCAAUACAAGCAGAUGUUUGGCACGGAGCUCAGGGGAGCGGUCAUGAAGCUAAUCCAGAUCAUUGCACAAGCCAGACAGACAGCCAAGAGGAUAUCAGAUCAUUCGAGUGAGGUGGCGGCUAAUAAAUCCUUCCUGUCCUGGUUUGGACUCGGCGCAUCUGAUCUGAACAACAGCUUCCCCGGAGCCGAGCCAGAGGAGACCGGAGAAUAUCUGAAAAAGACCCACGAGUUCCUGGACAGAGCUUUGGAAAACCUGUGCCAGAUAUUUAAGCUAAACCAGGGGCAGCUGAAUCAGCUCAUAUCAAACCUGGGCUCCUUGGAGGAUGAUGGCAACAGCAAACAGCUGCCAGACUGCGUGCAGAGUGAGAACGGGCUGAUCCUGACUGACCUGGGCCGGAGGCAGAUCAUAAAUGGAUUGCGCAGGUUUGAUAUUCACUAUCAGGGAGACCCGGAGCUGCAGCCCAUUAGGAGCUAUGAGAACGCCCUGCUGGUCAGGCUCUUCUACAGGAUCUCUUCUCUGAUUAAUGAGAGGUUUGGACGACACAUGAAUGCACUGUGCUCGCGUCCAGACUUCCUGGGCCGUCUGAGUCGUCACUACUUGACCAAUCUCGAUUCCACCACCAAACUAAAGCACAGCCCGAUGUCGCGGCGGAUGCUAGAGAGGAGCCAGCGGCCGAGGCUGAGCCUGCGGCCGCUGGCCAGCUACAGGACCAUACUGCUACUGCUUCUCUUCUAUGUGUUUGGAUCCCUCCUGUCGCUCGGCCCCAUCUCUAGCACCGUGCUGCUCCUCGCCGGCGGCUUCCUGUACGGACUUCUCAUGACGCUGUUUGCAGACAAACUGAAGACGCACUAAAGCUUUUGACACAUCUGGGGAAAUAAAUUGUUUUAAUGUCUUGAAAGAAAUCAGACUGUAGACUGCUCACAGAUGUGUACAGCAAGCACGGAGGUGGAUCGGCAGCUCUUCAGUUUUUGUUUUUCAUAUGAUUUGUGUCAUCCAGCCUUGUAAAUAAUUGGAGAACAUCUCAGCUUUCCUUCUUUUUCUGUUCCUCCCCAACAUCUGAGAACAGGUGGAGGCCGAAAUAUUCAAAGUGCUGGUCGAAUAAAGAGGAAGUUGAUUUUUUUGUCCAAAUGACUCAUUAAACUGUUUGCACUCUUU